AUGGUGGUCGAAGUGACUGGGGCGUGUACUGAAAACAAGAACGUCAAGGCGGCUCAAAGACAAAGGGCCAAGGAGCUUGCGCAGUCCAGAACACCUGCCCAAGCUCAGAAACAAAUGGAGCAGCAACAAAUUCCGGUUCAGGAGCGGCCGCCUGCGUGGCAAAUUCAGAAUUACAGGCCUCAGAAGCGCCAGCAGGUGCAAAAACAAGCUGCAGACUGCUUGCUUGCUCUUCGGGCUUUCCUGCAGAGCCCGCCGGAGACUCUUCGAGUAGACACAGACUCUCUAGUGUGCAACGAGGAGCAAGUUCGGAUCUUGUUUGCUGUUCCUGAAGCAACAGAGUGGUUCCAAACUUGCAACCUGCCAUGGUUCCUUUGCGAUUUUACGAUGAAGACCAACAAGCCAGGUUUGGUGCUGGGUGCUAUAGGACCUGUGGGUCUCAAGCGUGGUGCUGGUGGCAGGCCGCAUCUGCGCUUCGUGCCGGUGCAGUACAUGUUAUCGCACACUGAAGACCAAGAGGCUCACAGCCUAUUAGUCAAAAAGUACGUUCAGAUGGCUGCAGAUGCCGGCAUUCAGCUCACUGACGGUAUUUUUGACUGUGCCUGCUAUGCCGGGGCUAAGGCCGCUUUGUCUGGAGAAGGGAUGCCGCAAAACAUCUUUCUUCAUCGUUGCCUUCAACAUACGAAGGAAAAUCUCAAGGAGGAAGCUAAAAAGCGGGACGAAGCCACAGGACAACCCCGGCUAAGUAAUGGGGAACUGCUUCCGCUACUGGUGGAACUGUUGCAAUUCUCGGCUUGGCUUCCCUCAGACGAAGAAUUUACAGCUCUGUGGUCAACGGUCCUUCAUCGCAUGGACACAGACUGGGAGGAGGCCACGAUGGCUCGAUACAUACGUUCCAACCUACUGCACGUUGCCUCCGAUGUCAUUCGUGCUUCCUGGCAGACUGGUUUCGGUGCGGUGCCCUUGGGAUGCACUACGUACGCCCCAAAUGCCAUCGAGCGGUCCUGGCGCUUGCUCAAGGGAUUGUUGCAGCAGAGGCAUCGCCUGCAAGAGCCGGCCACGCUCAUGGUUGAUGUGUGCGUUUGCUUGAGAUCCCGUCUCAAUGCUGGUGAGUAUGCUGACAUGCGUGAAGCUUUCAGUGAUCCUUGGCGUGCUUUGCAAGUUCCGAGCCAGACUGUGUGGGGUCCGCGCGUGGAGGAUCAAGAGGAUUCAGACCAAGUGGAGCAGCGUUCCAGACGGCUGUGUCAAGAUGAUAUUUUGAAGCAUUUCCGGAAGCACGGGGCCAGGGGCACAUUUCUGGCAUCUGUCACAUCACGUGUGCUGGCAGAUGGCAGUAAGGCGAAGUUGCUUUAUGUGUUUCCCAAGUACCGCUUGGAACUUGGCCACUGCAGACGCGAGGAGAUUGCUGCUGCGCUCAGGUUGGGCUUGGCCAGCACUGUUGAGGAUGUUUUCCAAGCCUGCGCUGACCCUGAAACAGGUCAUUACUGCUUCCUACGCCAUAUGUUCCUCCGGAGAACGUAUACCACUGUUUAUGUCACCACAGAUGAUGUGGUGGUCGACAUGAAUGCUGAUUUCGUUGCUGGAGGCGGCCAUUCGGAACACGCUUUGUUUGUGCAGACUCUCCUCACAAAGGAUGGCCAUCGUCCAGUGCGUGCUGGACCCAUACAUUCGCAAGCCGGAACGAAGAAGAAAGCCAAGGCCAAGGCUAAACGAUCGGCGAGGAUGAAGAGCAUGUUGCGGGCUUCGCCACAAAAGCGUGGCUCGGGAUCCGAUGCUGCGCCGAAUGCUGUGUCUCCAGACACGGCUCCAAUGGACGCAGCCGUCAGGGCUUCCUCCACGCAGUGGGAUGUGAACAUGUUCGAGCACGUGCAACCAGCAGCGGACAGUGCCUUUCAAUCAUGGGAACGGCACCUACUCAACCUGGCCAUUGAGGCAAGCCUUGCUGACAAUGCAGAAGCUCAGGCACGUGCGGAUGCCAGCAAUGCGGUUAUCGAUGCCAGACUUGCUAGGGAAGGCCGGAAGCGCGUGCCAGUGGCAGCCCAUGGGGACUGCCAAUUUGAGGCCAUCAUUUACAGCGCUGAGCUCCCCAUGACUGCCGACGCUCUUCGGGCGGAAGUCAUGCAGUAUUUGCGACCGCUGGGCGACACUUUCCGGGCACGCCUGGAGCAACGCUUCAAUGGUCGAUGGGCAGACUACUGCCACCAUAUGGCCCAGCAGGGAACUUGGGGAGAUGACAUGACUUUACUAGCGGCGUCACAUGUACUCCGGCGACCGAUCCAUGUUAUCACGGACUCGGAGUAUGAGAGCGGCUAUCUCACGGUCGUGAAGCCUCCCCCUUGUGUCCAUUCGUCAUUGUGGGGCCCGCCCAUCGUGAUUUCGAACGCGAUGGACCGCCACUUUGAUGCCACCCAAGAGCUUGAUGCUGCUUAG